AUGCAGCGGGCUCACGCGGGCGGGCCCUCCGUCCCGCGGCCGCACUACCGCUCGCAUUCGCAUGUGUUUGCGGAUAUCGACGACCAGAUUCCAGCAUCAGUUAUCAGCAGUGUAGGAACAGUGAGCUUGUCCCAGUCGACAACAAAUCCGACACCAAAUAUAACGAUGGCAAACCCGACCAAUCCCGGCACUGCGAGCAGUAGCAGUACACAGGCGUCGCAACAGACACCCACGCAGGCGCCAGUUCGAAAUCUACCCAAGAAGCGUAAAUUUGACCCUUCAGAGCUGGAGGAAAUAGAAAGGAACUGCAUCAACAGCAUGGCUGAGAGGAACUGUAUAAAUGUUGCAGUAUCAGCUCAUCUUCCCGUGGAAUACACGCCGCCCACAUACCAACCAGUUCUACAGCCUUCGCCGAUAGUGCAAAGGUCGUCGCCACUCGACCAAAAACCCUACAUCCAUUACCCAAACAUUGAUCUAUCAGCAUGGCGGGACCAUAGAGUGUUGGCCAAACAGCGUGGUCUGUACAUACCAGGGGUGAUACGUCAAGCGGACGGGUGUAAAGUGAUAGUUGAACUAGACGGACUAGAAAACGAAUCGAUCGAGUACAGUGAUAUAUUCGGUGUCAACAAAUAUGAUGUGAUAAGUAACGCGAGCCCCCACUUUAAUCUAUUGUCCGGAUUGAUUGGGUCGGCGUGCGUUGUCAGGACUACUGACCCGAGCCGGGAGAGUGUGCAAAAUGUGUUCGUUGAAGGACGUGUGCUUGAAGUGCUUAAAUCGCCGAUCACGAUUCGAGUUAAGGUGACAGAUGGCGAGAACACAUGCAAGGAGAUAGUGGAAGUGAAGCGAGCGGAUAUCCGUCUGCUGCAGCCGCCGUGGGCCGACGAGCUGGAAGACGCGGGCUCGCAGGCUUCCUCGCUGAUGUCGCAUAUGCAUAAUAUGCACCAUGUCUCUAAUGUGCAGUAUACAAUGGGAGGUGAUCACUUCGCCACAUCCUCCCCCAUGCCGGGGGUCGGUCAAGUGGCGAUGGGCGCGUUGUCUAACGGCUCGCGGUUUGAUGACUACGGCGAGAGUGAUGAUGAUUUACACAGUGAAAAUAUUAUGUUUCCAGGCGAUGCGUCGCAUAUAGAUUGUAACAACAGUAAACGAAGUAGUCUUCAAAGUCGAGGCAGUACGUCCAGUUUGAUAGAAGGCAGCCUCACGCCACGAUCUCAAGCGCCUACUCCAAGAUCUCAAGCAGCAACACCGCACAAAUACAAAAAGGGCGAUGUAGUGUCCACGCCGUCCGGUAUACGUAAGAAGUACAACGGCAAGCAAUGGCGACGUCUCUGCUCCAAGGACGGCUGCACCAAGGAGAGCCAGCGCAGAGGCUACUGCUCCAGACAUCUAUCUCUCAGAGGGGUUGGACGAUCCUCGAACACCCCGUUGGCCCAGCACGGGCAACAGCAAAGAAGCAGCAGCAAGUCGCUGUCGUCGAGCGGCACGGGCGUGGAGGGCGACGAGACGUCGCGCGAGUCCGACACGACGCCGCCCAGCUACCGCGUGACGGGGCGCUUCGACCCCGACGAGACGGAGGCGGCCAAUAUGCUGGUGUCGCUGGGCAGCUCGCGGUCGGGCAGCCCGGGCGCGUCGCCGGUGGGCGGGUCGCCGGUGCUGCGCGGCAACGUGUUCGUGCCCAUCUCGUCGCCGCAGCCGCCGCACCCGCACCCGCCGCGCCAGCCCGACCGACAUCCGAAUUACCAUCAUCAUCUUAUUAGACCUGAGUCACUUCGGCCUGCAAGAAUUAACUCACCAGUGGGAAGCGUUGCCACCAGUGUUAUAAGAGUAUCUCCUGCACCAAAUAAUUAUCAUUACCAGAUGGAUAAUCGCAACGGUCCUACCAGCGUACAGUCGAGUCAGACCAACGUGAUCGGCUUGCACUCCUCCGGUUUGAACAUACAAAGUGGCAUGCAAUCAAACUUAACACCGACUACCAUACAAUCAUCGCUAAACUUGCCUUCGAGUAUAUCAAUAAUAAACAAUAUGAAUCAAAACAUGCAAACAAGCAUCGCAAAUACGAUUAAAGACGAAAUACCACACAACCUAGUUGUACAUCGCAUGCCCACUAAUGGAAUAGAUAUGGAUAUAUACAGAACACCGUUACGCAGAAAUGGCAUGCAGGACCAGUACAGAACAGAAGUGAUAUCACCGGUUAACAAUGAAAAUUUUGUCAAUAGACGAGUCUCGGAGUACGAUGAUGAGGAUGUAAUGCCUCAGGAUCAUAGCCGUGGGCUGAUGGAGCCCAGGACGUUAGAACUCUCCGAGGCUCGCUUGGACGACAAGAGGAUAGUGAAGCCGGCGCCGUUGCAGGCGCGCUUGGUGUCGCUGGUGGAUACGGACAUGAAGGACACGGUCAAACGAUUCUUUGUUAUACCACAGAAUAGUUUGGAGAAGAAAAUUGUACUGCUAAAAAACGAGCCGACUGAUGCUGUUCAGGUCGAGCACAAACAGCAUCAGUUGUCGCAACAAACUAUAAUAAACAAUAACAACGAACCAGAACCUGAACACCGUAAUAUGGACAAUGGCGAUCAUGUAAAUAAUGUGAACAGUGCCGUGAUUGUGCAUCCCAAUCAACUACUGCCAGUGUUACCUGCUCCGUCACAUACGGCUAUUAUCGUAUCAACGAGUGCAGUGACGAACGCGGUGUUCCCGUGGCACUCGCUGGUGCCGCUGAUCCGCGCCGCGUCGCCGCCGCCCGCCGCGCCGCCCGCGCCGCCCUCCCCGCGCACGCCGCGCACGCCGCACACGCCGCACACCCCGCACACCCCGCACACGCCCCACACGCCCCACAUCAAGUCCGAGGACCAGAUCAAGACUGAGGGGAAUGAUGGUGUAACUCCAAUGUGUACAGACGAAGACGACGAAGUGUUCGAAUGUGAAGACCCCGGCACAGGAGGAGAUAAUAAUAGACGCUCGCAAAGUCUUUCCUCGCUCAAUCAGCCGGCUGCGGGACAGGAGAAAAAGGAGCGUCGCAUCCGUCGUCCAAUGAACGCGUUCAUGAUAUUCUCGAAGCGUCACCGCCAGCUGGUGCACCAGAUGCACCCCAACCAGGACAACCGCACCGUCAGCAAGAUCCUCGGCGAGUGGUGGUACUCGCUCAAGUACGACGAGAAGCAGAAGUACACCGAGCUGGCCAGCGAGGUGAAAGAGGCCCACUUCAAGGCUCACCCAGAAUGGAAAUGGUGCAACAAGGAUAGGCGCAAGUCGUCCAGCAGUCGAGAUCCUACGGGCUCUAUGCCUCAGAGCCCACGCACUCCCUCUGAAGGGCCGAACCCUAACGUCCCCACCAGCGGCACGGAGAUGACAAUGAAUACUCAAUCUUAUAAUCACGUCGGAUCACCGCAACUUAGUGAUGACGAGCCCAUGCAAAUAAGUCAAACUAUAGAUGAGACGACAGCACAAUCCCAGAAUAUCGAAAUUGAUCUCAAAUGUGGGGAAAAAGUAACAGAUUCGGACUCGGAAGGUUUGGAAGCUCGUGAUUACUUGCCCCACCAUGAUCACACGAGACGGCCUAAAGCUAUAAAAGCCAGGGCCGGCUCAUCUGAUAACCUCCUAGGAGGCAUAACGGCAUCGAGUCCCGGCGGCUCUAAAGUGUUCCAGCCUACGGGUGGCGCCUUCAAGUCCACACAUGCUGACACAGGAGAAAACCAUCGACAAUGGACGGCAUUCACACAAAUAAGCAAACCUGUGAACCAAGUGCCCAGCUCGCCUCAUCCCUCACAAUCAAUAACAACUAACACACAAAGCCUAACUAACAGUGUUCAGGGGAUUUCCCUCAGUACGCCCAACCUAUCGGCACAAGCGGCACUCGAUAAUGCUAUAGCAUCGAUUAUAAGUCCCACAUCGACUAGUGGUGUGCAAGUUAUCUCGAGUGGUAUAUCGAUACCGCAAAACGUACCUAUGUCGCAGUCGAAAACACCAAACACGUCUGCUCUGUUAACUCUAGUUAAGAGGAAUAUUGGGGAGAAUGUAUCAGGCCCAAUAACUCUAUCAGUGGACUCGUCAGGGAAUCUAGUAAUUAAAGCGAGUCAAGCUAACGACAAUCCAUCAAACGACGCGUCAUUACAUUACGUGCAGUUGCAGAGGCUUUACGUGCCUUUUAGUUCUGAAAUGGAUGUCAAUAAAAACCAGAACCAGAAUCAAAAUCAAAGUCACAAUAUACAAAAUGGUCCAUCUGUAAUUGUUUCACAAAGCAACAACAACACAUUGCCCAAAUCUAAUAUACAAUGGGAAACUCCAAUAGAGGAGACACGACCGUUCCCACUCGCGCCGACGCCCGCGCAGUUGGGGAGGGCUCCCUUACAGAAGAGGCUUAGUCGAGGUACAUCAACAGGUUCGAACGGUAGUAACGAACCCACUAUCCCUCGGUCCGAGAGCGGUCCCACCACGCCUCACGAUGCAGAAGCUCUACACUCACCGAAGAAGAUGGAAAACUUGCCCAGCCCUUCGCUUAAGAAGAGUUUGUUCAAGAAGGGCAAUGAAGAUGGAAGGGAUAAAGUACUAGAGACAGUGAACUUCGAGCAGAAGUUCAGCACGCUGCCGCAGUUCAAGCCGGAGGCGUGCAGCCCCGGCGCGCUGCCCGCGCUGCCCGCCGUCAGCCCGCAGAUGUAUCUCAGGAAGAAACACUAUAAAAUACCUGUUGAAGAGGAGUCUACAGUGGUCACGCCUCAGCUCGAGUCCGAGGUCAUAAACGGCAACGGGAUGCCGACGCCUCACUCGUUCGGCACGCCGCACACGACCACCAAACUCGUAGGGAAUACUUUCUUCGGACCAGAUUUCAAUAUUGAGUCUGUUAGAGCGAGCGACGCGGAGGACAUAUCGCCGCGCACGCCGUGCUCGGCGGCGGCGGGCGCGCGCGGCGAGGCCGGCCACCGCCGCGUGCUGGAGCAGCGCCGCAGCCUCGUCAUGAAGCUGUUCCACGACCACGGCAUGUUCCCCACCACGCAGGCCACUACACACUUCCAGGCGGCCCACACGGAUAUAUUCCCAACAAAGAUGUCGCUCCAGUUGAAGAUACGCGAGGUCCGGCAGAAGCUCAUGGCGCAGUCCAACCUCACGCCGCACUCGGAAGUCAACACGCCGACUAAUGUGAACUCUCCAAUCGUAUCCGCCGCGCUGCAGCCGACGUCGACGGCCAGU